AGUAGAGGCUAGUGGUGUUGCGGUGAUGGCGGAUUCCGAGACUCUGCCAGAGUCUGAAGUACUUGGACUGGAGCUUGAAGCAGUGAUCGGCUUCAAUGGACAUGUUCCUGGUGGUCUGAUAUGCCAUCCUGAUCAGGAACACUUAGUCUAUCCUUUGGGUUGCACAGUCCUUAUUGAGUCAAUAAACACAAAUAAGCAGUAUUUUCUACAUGGACAUGGCAAUAAUGUCUCCUGUGUCACUAUCUCCUCAAAUGGCGCAUAUGUUGCUUCUGGACAAGUUACCUUUAUGGGGUUCAAGGCAGAUGUCAUUUUGUGGGAUUAUGCAAAGAAGGAGCUGAUUGCUCGAUUAUCACUUCACAAGGGCAAAAUUGAAGCUUUGGCUUUUUCUCCAAACAGCAAAUACCUGGUGUCAUUAGGAGGUCCAGAUGAUGGAAGUGUGGUCGUGUGGAGUGUCACCAAGCGAGAUGCCAUAUGCGGCAGUCCUGCAGCGGGCCUUAAUGUUGGGAAUGCCACAACAAUUAUCUAUUCCAACUGCCGAGAUGAGAUGUUUGUUACUGCUGGAAAUGGAACAAUUCGGGUAUGGGAACUGGAUUUCCCAAACAGGAAAAUCUGGCCAACUGAGUGCCAAACAGGACAGAUGAAAAGAAUAGUUCUAAGUAUUGCAAUGGCAGAAGAUGAUAGUUAUUUCUAUAUUGGCACAACAACUGGAGACAUCCUUAAAAUGAACCCCAGAACAAAACUAUUAGCUGACAUGGGUCCUGUCAAGGAAAAGUUCAGUCUGGGAGUCACAGCUAUCAAGUGUCUGAAGAUGGGAAGUGUGUUAAUAGGUUCUGGAGCAGGAGUGUUGGCUCUUUGUAAAAGCCCAACCUACAAACCAAUCAAGAAAAUUCAGUUACAAGGCGGAAUCACCUCCAUUGCACUUCGAGGUCAAGGGCACCAGUUCUUUGCUGGAACAGAAGCAGCCCACAUUUAUUGCCUCAGUUGCACUGAUUUUAAAGAAGAACUCAUUGCUACCUGUCACAGUGGUGCUGUCCAGGAUAUUGUUUUCCCAUAUGGCACUGCUGACUUGUUUGCCACUUGCUCCAUGGAAGAUAUCCGAGUGUGGCACACCUCUUCCAACCGGGAGCUAUUACGGAUCACUGUGCCCAAUAUGACUUGCUAUGCUAUUGACUUCAUGAGAGAUGGCAAAAGCAUCAUUUCAGCUUGGAAUGAUGGUAAAAUCCGUGCAUUCACUCCAGAGACAGGUCGACUGAUGUAUGUCAUAAACAAUGCUCACAGCAUUGGAGUGACAGCCAUUGCUACUACAAGUGAUUGCAAAAGAAUCAUCAGUGGAGGUGGUGAAGGGCAGGUAAGGGUAUGGGAAAUAAGCCCUCAAUCUCAGAAACUGGAGGAAGCUCUAAAGGAGCACAAAUCAUCAGUAUCCUGUAUUAAAGUAAAGAAGAAUAAUGAAGAAUGUGUCACAGCCAGCACAGAUGGGACUUGCAUUAUUUGGGACCUUGUGCGUCUGAAGAGGAACCAGAUGAUUCUGGCCAACACUUUAUUUCAAUGUGUUUGUUACCAUCCAGAAGAGUUUCAGAUUAUCACCAGUGGGACAGAUAGAAAGAUUGGUUACUGGGAAGUAUUUGAUGGGACAGUAAUUAGAGAGCUAGAAGGUUCCUUGUCUGGUUCAAUCAAUGGAAUGGAUAUUUCAUCAGAAGGAGUGCAUUUUGUCACAGGUGGUGAUGACCAUUUAGUCAAAGUGUGGAGUUAUAGUGAAGGUGAAGUGACCCAUGUUGGGGUGGGACACAGCGGCAACAUUAUCCGCAUGAAGAUAAGCCCAAAAAAUCAGCACAUUGUUAGCGUAAGCGCCGAUGGAGCCAUUUUGAGAUGGAAAUACCCUUUUUCCUCUUGAAUUAGUAUUGGAACCUCUUGAAGGACAUUGUUCAUGCUUCUAUUCACCAUUGAGCUUGUUUGAGCAAACAUAUUUUAAGCAAAAAUUCGUGCUCGGUUCUCACACUUGUAUGUUUGCUCUUUGGUUGAAACAACAUUUGA